CGGUGUUUGGACACACGUUUUCUCCACUUCCUCUCUUCCCUCUUUCUGUUCUUCAUCCAGCUCACUCUGAUAGGGUUCUUACAUCAUUGCCAGCACUGUCUCAGCUCUCUUCUUUCUUCUAAAUUUCUCAUGUACUAAAUUUCAACGUUUUCCAGCGAGACCCCAGUAUAAUAAUCAACAUAAAUUGGAUCUCUCUUUCCCAUUUCAGGGGAGGAAUAACUUUUAUAUUCCAGAUGGGUCAAGAACAACAUUUGGCACCUCAGAAGAGAGCCUCCGGCUGCGGCGGAGGUGGUGGCGGUGUUCUCCCUACAACCGCCCUCAACGGAAGGGCCUCCAGCCGAGGAGCAAUACCUCGUGGCAGGCAGAUCCAGAGGACUUUCAACAACAUCAAGAUCACUAUACUUUGUGGCUUCGUCACGAUCCUCGUCCUUCGUGGUACUAUUGGAGUUGGGAAUUUGGGAAAUUCUGAUACUGACGCUGUUAAUCAAAACCUAAUCGAAGAGACAAAUCGAAUUCUAGCGGAGAUCCGUUCGGAUAAUGACCUGGAAGACCUGACUGAGUCUGAUUUUAACCCGAAUGUUACCUACACUUUGGGUCCGAAGAUUUCCACUUGGGAUGAAGAUCGUAAAGCGUGGCUUGCUCAAAAUGGUGAGUUUCCUAGUUAUGUUAAUGGAAAGCCUAGGAUUUUAUUAGUCACUGGAUCGCCUCCGAAGCCUUGUGAUAAUGCUAUUGGUGAUCAUUACUUGUUGAAGAGUAUAAAGAAUAAGAUAGAUUAUUGUAGGAUUCAUGGGAUUGAGAUUGUUUAUAAUAUGGCUCAUUUGGAUAAAGAGUUAGCUGGGUAUUGGGCGAAAUUGCCUUUGAUAAGGAAAUUGAUGUUGUCUCAUCCUGAAGUUGAGUGGAUUUGGUGGAUGGAUAGUGAUGCAAUGUUUACUGAUAUGGUGUUUGAGAUUCCUGUUGCCAAGUAUGAUAAGUAUAAUUUGGUUGUUCACGGGUAUCCCGAUUUGAUGUUUGAUCAGAAGUCUUGGAUUGCAUUGAAUACGGGGAGUUUCUUGUUUAGGAAUUGUCAGUGGUCGUUGGAUUUGCUUGAUGCCUGGGCACCAAUGGGACCAAAAGGUGUGGUAAGAGAGGAGGCUGGGAAGAUUUUGACGGCUAAUUUGAAAGGGCGGCCUGCUUUUGAGGCAGACGAUCAGUCUGCUUUGAUUUACUUGUUGUUGUCACAGAAGGAUAAGUGGAUUGAUAAGGUUUUCCUGGAGAAUCAGUAUUAUUUGCACGGAUAUUGGGCUGGUUUGGUUGAUAGGUAUGAGGAGAUGGUGGAGAAAUACCAUCCUGGGUUAGGUGAUGAAAGGUGGCCGUUUGUGACUCAUUUUGUUGGCUGCAAGCCUUGUGGAAGCUAUGGGGAUUACCCAGUUGAGAGGUGCUUGAAGAGCAUGGAGAGGGCUUUUAAUUUUGCAGAUAAUCAAGUUCUUAAGCUAUAUGGAUUUGGUCAUAGGGGAUUGUUAAGUCCCAAGAUUAAGAGAAUAAGGAAUGAAACGGCUACUCCUUUGGAGUAUGUGGAUCAGUUUGAUAUUCGGCGUCCUUCUCAUAAGAAGAGUGGAUUACAGAGCUAGGACAGUGAAACUGUAACAUCAUAUUCAGUAUGUCAUAGUGUGUAGGUGAUGUAAUUCCUUAGUUACAUAUCAGAGUUCAAAUUACAGUUUUUACAUUGAAGUAAGUUUUGCUUGUAAUGUUAUCAUGGUGCAUUUUUUCGAGAACAAACUCAGUACAAUUCUUUAUAGAUGAUAUUGUCUUCCUGAUGCUUUCAAGUAAUUUAUGAAAGAAAUUUACACCAA